AGCUGAGGCUGCAGCUGGUGGACGGCGGUCAGACCAGGACCAUGGAGCUCAGUGUCCUCCUGUUCCUUGCUCUGCUCACAGGCCUCUUCCUUCUGCUGGUCAGGGGUCGCCCAAAGGCCCGAGGCCGCCUCCCACCAGGCCCCCGUCCUCUGCCUUUCUUGGGGAACCUUCUGCAGCUACAGAGAGGAGGCUUGCUCAAUUCCUUCCUGAGGCUUCGAGAGAAAUAUGGGGAUGUGUUCACGGUGUACCUGGGACCAAAGCCCGUGGUCAUGCUGUGUGGGACAGAGGCCAUACGGGAGGCCCUGGUGGACCAAGCUGAGGAUUUCUCUGGUCGGGGAACACUGGCCAUCAUUGAGCCAAUCUUCCAGGGAUACGGUGUGACCUUUGCCAAUGGAGAACGUUGGAAAACCCUUCGGAGAUUCUCUCUGGCCACCAUGAGGGACUUUGGGAUGGGAAAGCGGAGCAUUGAGGAACGGAUUCAGGAGGAGGCUCAGUGUCUGGUGGAGGAGCUGAGGAAAUCCAAGGGGGCCCUCCUGGACCCCACCUUCCUCUUCCAGUCCAUCACGGCCAACAUCAUCUGCUCCAUCGUCUUUGGAGAACGCUUCGACUAUAAAGACCGAGAGUUCCUGCGGCUGCUGGACAUGUUCUACCAGUCAUUCGCGCUAAUCAGCUCCUUCUCCAGCCAGGUGUUUGAGUUCUUCUCCGACGUCCUGAAGCACUUUCCCGGCACCCACAGGCAAGUCUACGAGAACCUGCAGGAGGUCCUCACCUUCAUCGGCCACAGUGUGGAGAAGCACCGAGCAACCCUGGACCCCAGCGCCCCCAGAGACUUCAUCGACGCCUACCUGCUCCGCAUGGACAAAGAGAAGUCCAACCUGCAGAGCGAGUUCCACCACAAGAACCUCGCCCUUACCUUGCUGUCCCUCUUCUUCGCGGGCACCGAGACCACCAGCACCACUCUGCGCUAUGGCUUCCUGCUCAUGCUCAAGUACCCUCACGUGGCAGAAAGGGUCCAAAAGGAGAUUAAGCAGGUGAUUGGCUCACACCGCCCACCAGCCCUUGAUGACCGCACCAAGAUGCCUUACACGGAGGCCGUCAUCCAUGAGAUUCAGAGAUUCGCAGACCUCGUUCCCGUUGGUGUGCCUCACAUAGUCACCAAGGACACUUAUUUUCGAGGGUUCAUCAUCCCCAAGAACACUGAAGUGUACCCCAUCCUGAGCUCUGCUCUCCAUGACCCGCAUUACUUUGAAGAACCAGACACCUUCAACCCUGACCACUUUCUGGAUGCCAACGGGGCACUGAAGAAGAACGAAGCUUUUAUCCCCUUCUCGGCAGGGAAGCGCAUCUGUCUUGGUGAAGGCAUCGCUCGCAACGAACUGUUCCUCUUCUUCACCACCAUCCUCCAGAACUUCUCUGUGGCCAGCCCCGUGGCUCCCCAGGACAUCGACCUCACUCCCCGGGAGAGUGGUGUGGGCAGAGUGCCCCCAACAUACCAGAUCUGCUUCCUGCCCCACUGAAUGGGCUGAGGGAAAAGGGCCAAAGGAUCCAGGGUCAUUGUUUCUACCCUGUAGGGAAUGACCGCGAUGGCCUCCACAUUUUCCUGUGUCUGAGAGACCUGCUGUGGACCAGCAUCUUCCCUGUCCUUGUCUGCAUCAACAUGGGAAGGUCCUUUGUGUAGUCCUACUUCCUUCCAUCAUGCUGUAGCUUUUCCCAGGCUCUCAGGUGUACUCCUUUCCCCUAUUCAUAGAAUUUCAAAAGUCAGAACCAACCUUGAAGGUAAUCAAGCCCCUUUAUAGGUGAAUAUAUAGUAACGGGGGACAAACGAGGAAACUUGGCAGUAGGUCCUUCUGCAGUUUUGCCUCCCAGGACACAAUUUGUGCUGAAUAAAUUCUCCCUUGCUCAGGAUAAAUACAGUCCCAUUUAUCCACUCCUUGUGUUCCAUCAUCUGUGCUGAAGGGCUUCACAUAUGACCAGUCUCUCUCUUUCUGUCAUCUCUCUCUUGUUUUGGCAAUAGGGAAUGAAUUCGGGGACUGCCGCAGUCUGGCUGGGCACAAAAUCACAUGAAUAAAAAAAAUUCGGAUCCA